GGCUGGCAGCGAAAUUGCGGCGAGCCUGCCAAGAAGUAAAGGAAAUCUACGAGAGCAUCCCAGGCAGGCAUACUCCAGAUUCCAACACUCGGGGCAAUAUAAGUGUGGACCAUAACUAUGAGUGAUCUCCCCCAAAUUUUCUGCCAUUCGCAGCUCUCAUCCACUCCUACUCUCUCCUCUUCCCUCCAUCUUUCAAGAGUUUUUCAAGAUGAAGUAUAGUUUUGCAUUAACGGGCCUCGCCCUCUGCUUUGCAAGAACCCUCGCCUUCCCUUCCCGCAUGUUUGAUAAUGCUCAAUCCAUGAGCGAAGAAGAGAAGCGUUCUCUUGAGAAGAUCACUGCUCAAAUUGAAGCUGGGAUCGAGAAACGCGUAUCGACUCCUCGCUCUUUCUCUGCAUCCGGCCAAUAUGUAUCCAACAAAGGCGAUCAUGCCUUUGUUGCUCCAGGGCCCAAUGAUUUACGUGGUCCCUGCCCUGGGUUAAAUGCUAUGGCCAAUCACAACUAUAUUCCUCACAAUGGGGUGGCGACAAUUUCACAAUUUGUUCAAGGAACCUAUGACGUGUUUGGCAUGGGGGCUGAUCUUGGAGCAUUCCUCACUAUAUAUGGUGCUGUCUUCGACGGGGAUUUGCUAAGUUGGUCCAUUGGAGGACCUCCAUCUGCAGGCUUGCUGAGCUCAGUUGGACUUCUCGGUAAACCUCAAGGAUUAAUUGGAUCACAUAAUAAAUAUGAGGCCGAUGUAUCACCUGCACGUCCGGAUCUUUAUCAAUAUAAUAAUAAUUACAAAGUGAUCAUGUCUCAAUUUGAAGAGAUGUACGCUUUGCCGCUAGGUCCGAACGGUUACGAUUUAUCAGUUCUGACUCCUUUCCGAGCAACUCGUUUCCAACAAUCCAUUGACAAUAAUCCAUACUUCUUCAACGGACCUUUUGCAGGAAUAGCUGUACAGCCUGCAGCAUACACUUUCAUUUAUCGAUAUAUGGCCAACAAAUCCUCUGAAUAUCCUGAGGGAUACUUGAAUGGCGAUGUCUUGAAGUCAUUUUAUGCUAUUACCGGAGAACCAGGUAGCUUUGUGUGGACAGAAGGACAUGAGAAAAUCCCAGACAACUGGUACAAACGCGCUAUUGGCGACGAAUACGGCCUCGUACCUUUCGCACUCGACCUCAACAUCGCAGCUCUUGAACACCCCGAGUUCCUUUCCGUUGGAGGAAAUACCGGUACGGUAAACUCAUUCACAGGCGUCGAUCUUAAGAAUUUGACGGGCGGUGUAUUUGAUGUUACCACGUUGGCCGAGGGAAAUAACGCGAUUUGUUUUGCAUUCCAAGCUGCCCAGCAGGCUGCUCCUGAUAUCCUUAAGGGUCUAUUGUCUAAUACUGCCUCUGCUUUGAGUCAGCUGAAUGCAGCGGUUUCUGCAGCGUUGAGUGGGUUGAGUUGUCCUCAGCUGAAGAGUAUUGAUAGUUCGCUAUUUGCGCAGUAUCCUGGUGCAAAGGGGGCUUAUUAGUUAUUAUAGAUGAUUGAUACGAUCAUGUGACGACGAAUUUAUGUGGAUUUGAUAUGUGAAUAGGAAUGGUUCAGGCAUUGGUCUUCUUUGUAUAUAGUUUUUAUCUUGUCUAUGAGCGAAUCAAGAAUCAUCUUCA